AUGUCUGCCCUAGUUGAGGAUCCGCCUGCGAUGAAGAAGGUUAAAAGCAAGGAGCCUAUGAAGCUUGCGGAAGCUCAAGAACAAUUGAAAAAGGAGAAAUCCAAGGAAAGAGCUCAAAAACAAGAGAAAGACAAACGUUGGAAACGAGAGAAGCCUCUUGACAAGGAACUCGCACUUUAUGCAGCUCGCGCUGAAAGAAGGGCCAAGAGAGGCGGCGCUCGACGAAAGAAUUACUUUCAAAUGCUGGACCAAUAUCAAACUACAGUAGCCGGAGGUGGUACUACAGUAGGAGGAGCCACUGCUAUUCACGAUCGAGAAGAUGAUGAUUUUGCUAUUAAGACGACGCAAGAAAUGAUUCGCUUUUUGAAUGAUGAAAAACUUGUGGAGACAAAAUAUGAGUUCGCUGGUGGUUGGGAAAGAUUUAUACUGAGGUUGAAACGCAAAUCGAUGAAGUCUGUUAUAAAUGAGUAUCGUCGUAUGGAGGAAGUUAUUGGUGAAGAUAUGAUGAAUGUUUUGUGCAAAACUACUAAUGCAGAUGGAUCAACCGAAUUUAAAUACAAAGAUAUUCCAAUAACAAAACCAUCACCCUUGAAACCUGCAGAUGAUCCAGCUUAUGAAUUGCAGUGGAUGUAGUUAUGGAAGACAUUUGAUAGAAGUUUUGUGGCUUGUCAAUAAAUC